UAUAAAACAGAUUUAGCCUUUGGUUGCAGUUCAGUGUGGCAUUACGUGCCAGAGACAGUACUUUAUCUAAAUUAAAAUUUUUGAGCUGAAGCUAAAAAUGAGGACAUUAGCUGCUGUUGCUAUAAGCUGUUUGCUUCUAGUGCAAUUGGCCAACGGCUUACCUGUUGGAAAACUUCGAACCACCGCUGCUGCUGCCAAAGUGCAGGACAAUCCUCAGCUCUCCGGUGAGACUUCAAUGGAAGAAGACAGUGACGCACAAACUCCCAUUGUUCUUUUUAUUAUUGGUGAAUUAGGCAAACUUGCAAAGUGGGUGCUUGAGCGCGGUAGCGUGGUGGUAAAUAAUGCCGUAACUGAACUAAAGGCAAUACCAGGCAAAGAUGAAUUAUUGCAAGCCAACAUCACACGCAUGUCAAGGGUAGCUACGGAGGCUGCACAGUUUAAACUUCAAGACGAUGAAGAAAGUAUUUUGCAAUUAUUCGAUAAUAUGAUUACUUUCACCGAGAUGUUGACUGACUACGACAAUAUGCAGGAGGAUUCCAAGCUCAAGCUCACAUUGAAGACAGCUCUAGAAAAUAAUGGCUACAACCAAUUCGAGAACGAUUUCCAGCAGAAGGUCGAGGACUUAGUUGAGAAAUUCGAAAAUGAAAUUGAAGAUUAUUUCAAAGAUGUAUCUUCGGAGGAAAAACCAAACCAAAAACCAAAGUCAGCCAAAUUAAUGCAGUGGCACGAAGAGCUUAAGAAGGAAACAAACGAAGACAAGAAGAAACUUGAUAAGCUCGGAGAAGUUUUUGGAUUUUAAUAAUUGCAUACUUUUGCAUAAGCCAUUUUUUGUAAAAUAAUAAUAAAUUUUGUAAAAUAAUAA